UUCACUUUAAUUUAUACAACCAAAUUUUGACAUCUUGUUAUGAUUUAUAAAAGUGAGGUUAAGUUCGUCCAGUCUUAUUAAAGUACUUAAUAAUAACCAUGAGUGAAGAAAAAGAAAAACAAUCUCAAAGUGAAGAUUCAAGUGAGGAUGAAACAGCUCAACCCCCAAUAAAAAAGCAAAAAAUCCUUCCUCAUGAAGCACUUUAUCUGGAAAACUUGCCAACGGCCGAAUUCUAUGAGAAAAGUUUUAUGCACCGUGACAUUAUAACUCAUUGCAUUGUUACAAAUACGGAUUUUAUUUUAACCGGAAGCUGCGAUGGUCAUAUAAAGUUUUGGAAAAAAGUCGAAACCGGUAUAGAGUUUGUAAAACAUUUUCGUGGUCACUUAGGUCCUGUUGUCUCGAUGUCUGCAAACGAAGAAGGCUCGCUAUUAUGUUCAGCUUCGUCCGAUAAAUCUUUAAAAAUUUUUGACGUCGUUAAUUUCGAUAUGAUUAAUAUGUUAAAAGUUGACUAUAUCCCGGGUUGUGUUGAGUUCAUUCACACAUCAGGUGAUGCCGUUGAAACCUUAGCAGUAAGCGAUUCGGAAUCGGAAAGAAUUUUUGUUUAUGAUAGUCGAGAAAUGAAGAACGCGAUUAAAAUAAUAGAAAAAAUCCAUACAAAACCCGUCAUUUUGAUGCGUUUUAACCCAAAAUUCGAUGUUUGUAUAUCGGUGGAUAAGAAUGGAAUUUUAGAAUAUUGGUCCGGGAUGAGAAACGAUUUCGUUUUUCCAUCAAAAAAAGUUAAAUUUGAUUCCAAAUUAGAUACGGAUUUGUUUGAAUUUGCAAAAAAUAAAACGUUUCCUUCGGGUUUAUCAUUUAGCAAAGACGGAUUAAAGUUUGCAACAAUCUCGACAGACCGUAAAGUAAGAAUUUUUAAUUUUUUAACAGGUAAAUUAAUUCGAGUUUACGACGAAACUUUACCGCGAUUUACUCAACUUCAACAACAAACCCAGCAACUUCCAAACAUGGAAUUUGGUCGGCGAAUGGCUGUUGAAAGAGAUUUAGAAAAAUCCGAUUAUUUUCAUUUAUCCAACAUCGAAUUUGAUUCAACCGGUUACUUUUUAUUAUAUCCAACACUUUUAGGUGUUAAACUCAUUAAUAUAUUCACUAAUAAAUGCGUUAAAAUUAUCGGAAAAAACGAAAACUUACGAUUACUUCGCAUCGCUUUGUAUCAAGGUUCGGCGAAAAGAAAUAAAGCUGCGGUUACAUUAGAAAUUGAAGCUUCAAAUAACCCCACUUUGGAUGCAAUUAAACCAGAUCCAACUUUGAUUUGCACCGGUUAUAAAAAGAAUCGAUUUUAUAUGUUUACGAAACGUGAUCCGGACGAUCCGCAAAAUUCUGGUCAGGAUCGCGAUGUUUUUAAUGAGAAACCGUCGAAAGAAGAUACUUUUGCUGCUACUGAUACACCGGCCACUCAAAGAUUAUAUGAAACGGCUGUUAUUCAUACUGUUUUUGGUGAUAUUCAUUGUAAAUUGUUUGUAAAAGAUACGCCAAAAAGUGUUGAGAAUUUUUGUGUUCAUUCGAAAAAUGGUUAUUAUAAUGGGCAUAUCUUUCAUAGGGUUAUUAAAGGAUUUAUGAUCCAAACUGGGGAUCCAACAGGAAAUGGAACUGGAGGUAAGUUAGAAAAUAGUUUAAUAAAAUUAUAAUUAUGAACAUAGUUGUUCUGUAAAAUAGACCAACAAUUUAUUGUAAUGGAACUAAAAUACAAGGUGAUUUAUUAGCUCACCAUCAAACUUUGACAUAUGAUAGCUAAUCCAAUAACCAAAGCAAAAUGUUUAUGAACAUAAAUGGCCUAUUUCAAUUAUUUACGAAAUAUUAACUGAUACAUUUUUUUUUAAAACAUAAAUACAGUAUCUUAUCUUAUUUGAAUCCAUGUUGCAAGCUCUUAGUUAAUAUUUAAAAUUGGUGAUUAAUUAGAAAUAAUUAAAUAACUUCUUGUACUUGCUGUUUAAAUAUUUAUUGAUACCGGUUUCGAAGUUUUACUUCAUCAUCAGUCAAAACGUCAAGUCCUUAAAAAAUGUAGAUCAUCAUAGAACCACACACGUUGAAAAAUUAAACGUUCAACUAACAAAGUAUCACUACAUAAAUGUCGAAACAAAAUCUUAUAGUUAACACGUUAAAUACUCAACAAUUAAAUUCAAAUGCGAAAAACUUUCAAACCACGCGAGACAACAGACUGAAGAAAAACUAUUAAAGAACGAAAAGCGUCAACAUUAUAGGAAACUCAAUUUUCAAGAAGAAAAAUUGGCUAAAUUACAUAGAACACUUAGAGAAAUGUUACAUUACAUCGAAUUAGAAUGUCUAAUUCAAGAGGCACGGAAGUAGGCAUAUAUAGAGAAGAGAGAUGAUCGCAACAAAAAGAAUAAGAAGAUUAAUAAUUUAAGAACGAACAAGUACAGAAAAGAAAAAGUUUUGGGAACAUUCCAUGACGAAUGGAAGGGUGAAGAAAAAGAUCACAUACAAUUCAAGAAUCUAACUAACAUCUUGUUUACGAAAGAGGAAGAAAGUUUUUUAAAUAAGGGUCAUAAAUUUGCAAUAAACCCCACAAUCAAUUUUC